UUUCUCUCAGACACUUCCCCUCAAACCCCUCUCUUCCUAAAACGGUGCGUUCCGUUGCGUUUUACGUUCACACAAAAAACACACACUCUCUCUCCCUCUCUCUCUCUCUCUCUCUCACUUUCUCUCUCUAAAACUACAACGCCGUAGCAUUGUUAGAGAGUCAGUGCAUUUAUUAAAUAACUGAAAAAUGGAAGGGCCGGAAUACUUCGUCGGUGGCUAUUACGGCGCCGGAGGAGACCAAUUCUCAACGGAGAAGCGGCACGGCGUCGGCGGUGGUGACCAGAAGCACGGUGGCUAUGGCGGCGGUGGCGAGCCGUUUGCCAUUGACGACCUACUUGAUUUCUCCAACGCCGACGCCAUCAUGUCCGACGGAUUCUUUGAAAAUGUCGCCGGAAACUCCUCCACCGACUCGUCCAACGUCACCGCGGUUGACAGCUGUAACUCCUCCGUCUCCGGUGGCGACAACCAUUUCCCUGCCGGCAUUGUCCCUCGCGCAUUCUCCUCCGGCGAUCCACAAUUCUCCGGCGGUGAUCUCUGCGUUCCGUACGAUGACAUGGCGGAACUGGAGUGGCUCUCGAACUUCGUGGAGGACUCGUUCUCCACCGAAGAAGAUCUGAAAACGCUGCAGCUUCUCUCCGGCGGUGGCGCCACUGUCAUCAACGGCAGAAAACCUCAGACGCCGGAGUCAUCAUCUUCCUCGGAAAACGCGCUCCAUCCUCCAUUUGAUACCGCGCGAAACGCACCGUUUCUUCUUCAUCAGGAGACGCCGCUUCCAGGCAAAGCUCGCAGCAAGCGCUCACGCGCGGCGCCGGGGGAUUGGUCCACGCGCUUGCUUCACCUCUCGACUCCUCCGUCGCCGAAACUCCAGACGUCUGCGGCGGAGCAUAAGCCUCCGACACCGAAAGUGGCGGCACCGACGACGACGAAGAGGAGGGAGGUGAAUGCGGAGUGUUUGGGGAGAAAGUGUCUACACUGCGGCGCAGAUAAGACGCCACAGUGGCGAACAGGGCCCAUGGGCCCAAAGACUCUGUGCAACGCUUGCGGUGUGAGGUUUAAGUCGGGCCGACUUGUGCCUGAGUACAGGCCCGCGGCGAGCCCAACUUUCGUUUCAACGAAGCACUCGAAUUCUCAUAGGAAGGUUCUGGAACUGAGGCGGCAGAAGGAUUUGCAGCGGCAGCAUCAGCAGCAGCAGCAACUGAUGAGUCAAACUUCCAUUUUUGGUGUAUCCAACGGUGGAGAUGAGUUCUUAAUCCAUCAUCAUCAUCAUCCUCAUCAUCAUCAACAACACCAUUGUGGCCCUGAUUUUAGGCAUGUUAUCUAGUGCGUGCGGGUCUAGCUUAAUUUAGGGUGGAGAAGAGAGAGGUCUAAACUUAAUUAACAUCACACCACAGCACUUCCUUUUUUUUAAAGAAGUUUUUUUUCAAAUAUCUUUUGGCUCUGAAAAUUUUGUCUUAUAAAUUUUAAUUUGUAGCUUUGCUUCCUUUUUUUUCUUUUCUUAAUGUUGCUUUUUAUGGCAGAAAGUGAGAAAAGAAGGAAAAGACGAAAAAAAGAAAAAAAAAUUGUAGAAUUAAGGAGAGAAAGAAAAAGAAGAAGGGAAAAUUAGGGAAGAGAGAGCUUCUUCAUUCGAGUUGUAGAAUCAAUUAUCUGCCCCUUCAUUGUUCCAUUGCCGAAUUUGGCAAGUUGAGUAUCAAAAGUUUUUAUCUUUUGUUAA